AUGGUCUUGAUAAGCACUCAUGAGACACGGGCCUUCUUAUUUUCAACUCUCCUCAUUGCCCAGUUGUUUUGGAUGGCUCGAGCCGAUGUCCACUUCUACGACUUCAUCUUGAAGGAGACGAAAGUGACUAAGCUGUGCGAGACGAAGAGCAUCAUGACGGUGAACGACAGCUUCCCAGGGCCGACGAUUAAAGUGCACAAAGGGGACACGGUGUACGUGAACGUUAAUAACCGCGGAGAUUACGGGGUCACGCUUCACUGGCAUGGGGUAAAGCAGCCGAGGAACCCAUGGUCGGAUGGACCGGAGUUCAUCACCCAAUGCGCGAUAAUGCCCGGAACAAAUUUCACGUACGAAGUAAUAUUCUCCGAUGAGGAAGGAACUCUCUGGUGGCAUGCUCACAGCAGUUGGACUCGAGCUACGGUUCAUGGUGCUAUUGUUAUCUCACCUGAAUCGGGAAAAUCAUAUCCCUUCUCAGAGCCUGACGAUGACAAGGUUAUCAUGAUCGCUGCUUGGUACAUGGGGGACUUGAAGGAAUUGGUGGACGAGGCAAUGAUAGAAGGAAAAGAUUUGCCACAUUCAGAUGGUUACACCAUAAAUGGCGAGCUUGGGGAUUUCUGCAAUUGCUCUCAAGUUACAACUCAUGGGUGGUACGUUGAUUAUGGGAAGACGUAUCUCCUUCGAAUAGUCAACGCGGUCGUGAAUGCUGAGCUCUUCUUCGCCAUCGCCGACCAUAACCUGACGGUUGUCGGGAUGGACGGAGGAUACGUAAAGCCGAUCGUCACGACUUGCAUCAUGAUAAGUCCAGGACAGACCAUGGACGUGCUGCUCACAGCUAACCAACCUCUCGGAAGGUACUACAUUGCCACGAGGCAAUACUCUAGCGAAGACGCCGAAGUCACCGGAUUCGACCAUAGCAUCGGAUCGGCCAUCUUGCAAUAUAGAGGGAACUAUAGCUUGCCGUCACCACCGGUCUUUCCAAACGCUACACUCCCUCUCUAUUUGGACUUUGGAGCCGCAUUGAGAUUUACAAAUCAGCUGAGAAGCUUGGCAAGUGAGGAUCAUCCGGUUGAUGUUCCAGGAGAUGUAAGUACGAAGAUGUUCAUUACCGUCUCCAUGGGUGAGAUUUAUUGUCCCAAUAGCUCUUGCACUUCGGUGAGUGGCAACAAACUUGGCUCAAGCUUGAAUAACGUAAGUUGGGUCAACCCAUCCCUGGAUGUGCUAUCGGCCUACUAUAGAAAUCUUAGUGGAAGUUAUACAGCGGAUUUCCCGGAUUGGCCUCCUUCCAUGUAUAAUUUCACGGGAGAUGAUUUGCCGGAUAGUGUUGAUAUGACGUACCAAGGAACGAAAGUAAAAGUGCUGAAUUACAAUGAGACGGUGGAAAUUGUUUUCCAAGGUACAAACGUGUUGAAAAGCUCCAUGAACCAUCCCAUGCACGUUCACGGUCACAACUUCUACGUCGUCGGAACCGGUCACGGGAACUUUGACAGCAAGAUGGAUCCCAGGACAUACAACUUGGUCGACCCACCCCACGUGAACACGUUCGGGGUCCCUAAAAACGGUUGGCUAGCAAUAAGAUUUACUGCUAAUAAUCCCGGCGUGUGGUUUUGGCAUUGUCAUUUGGACCGACACAUGAGCUGGGGGAUGGACAUGGCCUUCAUAGUGAAGGAUGGAGGGACUUUAGAGACGAGUCUCCGACCACCACCUGCCUACAUGCCGCCAUGUAUGGACAUGGGAUCUUACGACAUAUCAAUGCAAACAUCGAGCAUUGAUCAUGUAGAAAUGCAACAGCUGUGAAGCGACUUGAUUGGAUAAAUAGAACUCUAUGUGCUGAAAAAAUCAAGGAUACCCUGAAAUUUGGAGGGCUAAAGCCCGAAUGUUCUUGCACAAGUUUUAGUAAAGAAACAAUUGACUCGGUCGUUUCUCA